AUGGAAUCAAUUAGUACAAAACACGAUGACGAGAGUGAGCGCGCAUUCAACGAAACCACUACUGAAAAUAUGGAAAAAGUUUAUAUUAAUAUAGUUGAAGAUCACGAAAAGCAAGCAUUUAUAGACGAAUAUGGCGAUAGAUAUGGUUACAAUGGAAGAAUUGACCAGAUUAGAGAAGAGGAGUAUCCGCAUUUAAAAAAUGGUGUCUAUCUAGACCAUGCGGGAACGACAACAUACUCUCAAAGCACUCUCGACAACCUCAAAGCCGACCUUACCGCUAACCUCUAUGGCAACCCACACAGCAAGUCGCCAAGUUCCAUGUUAACAACAAAAAAGGUCGAGGCUGUUCGCAAUCAAAUUCUUAACUAUUUUGAUGCUACUCCUGGGGACUAUCAAGUAGUGUUCACUCAAAAUGCAACCGCUGCAAUAAAACUAGUUGGAGAACUCUUCCCAUGGCAGAGUGAAAGAAGCUGGUUUAAGUAUUCGAGAGAAAACCAUACGAGCGUUAUUGGCUUGAGAAAACUUGCUAAGAAAGGUGGUGCCGAUAUCAGCGUGCUUACCGAAGCGGAAAUCGAGACCUUUAUUGAGGUUGGCGGCAAUAAGUGUCAGUCCAAACCACAAGAUGGUGACGAAGUUGUCUAUAAUCUAUUUGCAUAUCCUGGUCAAUGUAACUUUUCAGGAAUGAAAUUUCCGAUAAACUGGACAAAACGUAUCAAAGAAAGUCAUGAUACAGAAACGUCAAAAGUAUUAGUUUUGUUAGACGCAGCAUCAUAUGUCACGUCAUCGCAACUGUCUUUGAAAGACACAAAAUCAUCACCUGAUUUCGUAGAUAUAAGUUUUUACAAACUAUUUGGAUAUCCGACUGGACUUGGUGCUUUACUGAUAAAAACUGAACUUACACCGAUUUUCAAAAAGUGUUAUUUCGGUGGUGGGACUGUUUCGGUACUUCUCUAUGAUGCAGAUUAUGCUCGAUUUUGGCCAUCUCUUUCAGAAACUUACGAAGAUGGAACCAUAAACUUUCUAAACAUUAUUGCACUUUCUCAUGCAUUUGAUGCAUUUCACAAACUUUACAAUUCGAUCAAUUACGUCAACAUGCACACGUCCGCGCUUAUAUCCUAUCUUUAUUCGCAGUUGUCCGCAAUGAAGCAUUAUAACGGAGCGCCUGUUUGCGAAGUAUUUAGUUCUAGAAAUUUUCACGACCCAAAAACACAAGGACCAAUCUUGAACCUUAAUUUUAAGAAGCCUGAUGGGUCAUGGGUAGGAUAUGUAGAAGUAGAAAAGUUGGCAAGC